UUAAUUGUGAUUAAAAUUGUCUUUUUUUCUGCACGCUAUGGCCAUGCUACCGAUAACUCUCUACUGGCAUGACUGGGGAUUGUAUACUUGGGGACCCCAGUUUCCCCCACAUUUUCACCAGACAGAGGAACAGGGUCAGGACAGUCAGGGCCAUUAUUGGAUCCCACAGCAUGCACAUGGCAUCCACCAUGGCAACAGCCAAGUGCAAAUGGAUUACCAGGGGGACCUGGGUGAACCUGCUGUGGAAAAUUUGCUUGACAGAUCCGGUUUGCUUGAUGAGCUUGUGUGCCAGAUCUUGGAUGAGGGCCCGUCCAAUAAAGGACCAGAAGUGAGUGCUCUCAAUGGACACGAGAACCAACCUCCUGGUGAGGCCAUCCAGGACAACUUUCAAGCUCUGCAUGUGACAUCUGUAGCUGAUAAUGCUCCUGCCUGGGCUAAAAGCAAUGAAAUGAUCCAUGAAAAUACAGGUCAUCUCAAGCUGCCUCCUGGAAUCACAGAGAGGCCCACUCAUCCAGCUUCUUUUGACAUGAUGUACCCAGGCAUCCAAAGAAGCAGUUCACAAGGGGGAAUUGGAUCAUCCACUGUGCUUGAUGAGCAGCCUAUGGGUGUUGGAAAGCAGAGUGCCACCAGUACAAAAGACGUACUGGGUUACGUCCAACCAAGCCAGUUCAUGAGAGGGGAUCAUCUUGAGGUACCAUAUUUUACUCGCAGGCCUGCACCAGACAACCUGCCAAGUUCGGGAGGGGACUAUGGAGGUAUGCCAAUCACAGGGAGUCAGUAUAACAGCUCGCAGACCCCAGGUGGCUUGUACCAAAGAAGCUGUGCCCUCCUCCCCCAGAGCCGUAGGAGUUCUCCAGUUGCAGAAGAUCCCCACCAGUACUUCAGGCAGAGAGCCAGUGCCACAGCACAACAGGCACAGUCCAGGGAGCAGUUUCCGAGACAGACUAGGCCAGCUCCGCCGUUUCCACUCAGCGAGCAACAGCAACCAGUCAAUGCCCCACUUGUACCAAACAUGAAUCUUAAGACCCAAACGAUGCAGAGGAAUGUGGCGAACAGUUGGCCGGACUUUAACAAGUUUAUGACAAAGGGGAAUUCUAACCUUCGAACUAACAGCACAACAUUCGACCAGAAUCAGUUUCAAGGAAAUGCAAAACCUAGAAAUGCAAUCUAUGGACAAAACAGACCACUCAAUUACCAGUUUUCUUUGCAACGCAUGCCGCUGCCACAAGGACCCAUUCAAGUAGCCAAUCAAAAUCUCGGCAUGAAUGGCCAAUUCCAAAAUGGGCAAUUUUCUGCAAGGUCAGAGCUUUACAAUCUGUUGGCUCACCAAAAUGUGGCUGCCUGGCCACAGUUGCAACGCGCACCUCAAAAUGACAACCAAAACUAUUUGAGCCAGUUGCAUGUUCAACUGGAAUCCUGCUACUAUCAGUUCUACAGUGUGGAAAAAGAAAGAAAGAAGACUGAAAUUGAGCUUUCAAGGCUAAAUCCUGGAAGACGAAUUUCCAGUGCCAACACCAUACAAACCCCUCAGCUGCCAGACAACCCCACCAGCCUGGAUAGGAUGAUUGUUGACUUCUACAAGGAACACAGCAGAGUGUACACACUCAUGAGCAAGAUUGGUGGGCUUUGUGCUGAAGCACUGCAUCCGAGCAUUGAUGCCUGCCUGGACAACUGGGUGGAGGCCAUACAGGAGGCGUGGCUCAAGCGCAGGGAGGAGCUUCAACGUGCUCAAAAUGGCAAUACAGAGCAUCCAGAACAAAGAGGAAAUAUCCUGGUGGAUGUCCUUCAGAAGCUGGCAAAGGCAACCCGCAGCAUUCGGACUGCCCUGUGGUGUGCUCUUCAACUGUCCAAGGCAAACAGGCUGUCUCAGAACGAAAACAGCCCAUCACCUCUGGACUAGAAAUUGGAGGCAGUCUCCCAAAACCAAUUGGAGUUGCAAUUUAUUCAAGUUCCAUUUUGGCAAAAAAUGGUCUAAAUGGAUUCAAGUUUCACUUCAUACAUUAAAUGUAUGAUUCAUGCCUUUUGCAUUAUUACAGUUGAAACCAUGACAACAGGCAAUGGGACCACUAAAUUGGCCAUUAGAUGUAAUUAUGACAUUUGGGUCCAUUUUCCAAAUAACGGUGAUCAGUCGCUUUUGUAUUGUGAUAUGUGUUUGAAAAUGCACCUGCAGAAGUAGUUUCAUUGGUGCUUUGGCCACAUUUCUGGGCUGUCGAUAAAAGUGGUGAUUUGAGCUUUCUUCAUCACCGUGAUCUUUAAUGGAACAGUGAAAUAAUUUCUUGAAGUGACCCCACUUUAUUGGCUUUUCGCUGUGAGUUGUUCGAGAUAUUAUGGUCCAGAAUUUUUAUGAAUCAGCGUUACCAUACAUCUGUAAUUCAGGAAAAAAAUUUCUUUAGGAAAAAUGUUUAACACUUGAAUUAUUUAGAAUGGUUUUUGGGAAAAUAAUAUUAGUGAGUGUUGAUUGUAUUUUUAUGUGAUGCAGAGGUGAUUGCUAUUGUUUCCCUUUGGUGUCUGCCGAAAGGAUAUUUUCUACCCUAGAAUAAAUUAUUCCUUAAGUUAUAGCUGUAAACUUAAUUUGCAUCGUGACGAUAAGUAGUAUAUUUAUUGUUGCUUCAUUCUAAUACCGUUGAGUUUGAAAUUUUGCAUUUAAAAUCAGUGAUCGUAGAUCUUGAUUAAUGUUGUUGACGAUGAGAAAUUAUUUCUGCUUACAGGGUUUCAUGUAUCCAUGAGUUUUUGUUUGCCAAAACACAAUAGCCGAGAAGAGAUCACAGAAAGAAAUGACUUACAUUGAUAUGAAGAUGAAUUUAAAACAAAACGAGCCACAUACUUCAAAGAAGAUAUCACAAGCAGAAUUUGAAAUUAUUCUUUAUGACAAUUUAAAACAUGCUUUGAAACUGUACAAAGUAUAAGUAAUGAUAUAUUCUCUACCUAGCAAUGCAAUUCUGAAAAAAAAGCAGUUUCAGGCGAGGCUUUCACCUAUUGUGAAGUACAGGGAGGCAUUUGCAUUUGCGGUGCAAUCAUGUUUUAAUAGGAUAAUUGUCGCUGAAGAGAAAUCAUUUCCAAGUGUAUUUAUGAAUUCAAAACGCAAAUGUCAGUCUUUGUAGCACAUAUUACUUGUCAAUAACCAGCAUAAUCCGUUUCGUUUCUUUUCAAGUUUAAAGUGACGUAUUUAUCUGAUUAAUGUUGUUUGUAUAAGUUGCUUUGAUGGAAGAAAUUUGUAACAUUCAUAUCACAUUUUGAUAAAACAAGUGGUGAUAGCUCUGAUCAAAGAUAGUCAAGAUAACGUCCGCUAUAAGAGGAAAAGUUCCGUAAUUCUAAUUCGCUGUAGUUCUGAAUGAAACGUGCUAUUAUUGAGAAAUAUUGAAGAUUACAACAGUGAAGAUUAAUGAAUUAUUGGUUUUAGAUCUUUGAAAACCCUGCUCUUGCAAUGCCUUUAUACUAAAGUCCAACUGCUGACAAUUGUUUCACUGUUGAAAUUAAAUAUGUGUUCUA